GGAACAGAAGGUCAGAACUUUAGAUCAUCAAGAGACAAAGCACAUUGAUUAAGAUGAGAGCUUGGAAGCUUCAUUCACAACCAACAAAUGAAUCAGUCUGUCAGAAUUGUGAAGGACUGUUGUGACUGCAUUGCCAUUGUCAAAUGUGUUUGGUUGUAUGUUUUCUGCUUACACUUCACCCAUCAAAACUAUCAUCUUGAUAUGAUACAACUUGUCAUCUACUCGAGUCUCCCACUCCGGGCAUGUCACUGCAGCAGUGGAAAGCAACUCUGGACCAACUCGGGCACCAUUGAGCAGCUCAGCGCAUGGCUUUCAGCUGUCCAAACCUACCAAAUGCUGAGCUUUAUGUGGGCAUUAGCAGGGCUUCGUCACCCACCUACAGCCAGAGGGAAAGCAACAUGGGGAACAGGGAACCCAUCGAGCAGCCCAUGGUGGGAGUUCAGAGAUCACUGCUGGCAAAUGAUGGUAGCUCCUCCCCGCUCAUGGCAGAACAUGUGCUGAUGCGUGCCCCAUCUCAUCACCUUUUCUGCAUCUUUUGGGACCGUGGCAUGCAGUCACCAGCACAUCUUUCGAGGCAUCUUUUCUUUUCCUGGGCCAUCCAAGAAGAAGGGGAAGAAGAGAAAACAGAAGAACAGAAGGGGGAGAUAAGAUUGAUUAUGACCCUUCUUGUGCAACACAAGCACACAUGAAAUUAAUGCUACAGCUAUUUCAUCCAUAAUGCAUCAAUAGCACAUUUUUUUGUUUUGGAAAAUGCUGUGUUUGACAUGGGAAAAACUCAGCUCUUGUUCUAAUCUUCACAUAAUCCAAUGGAUUUUUAGCUUAUUUAUAACUUGGUUUUGUGUUCUCAUCAGUGAUCUCUUUCCUUUUUGCUUGAAGUAAUUCUCUUUCAUUAAUAUUAAUUUUUCAGUAUUCUAAUAUACUUAAUCUACAAGAUUCCAACUUGGUUUUGUGUUCUUAUCAGUGUUUUGUUUUCUUGCUUGCAAUAAUCUUUUCCAUUAAUUAUUUCCAUACUCUGUUUUGCAUUUAUAUCUGACAUCUGGAGUGAGGAAACCUGCAAUUUCAACUUAUUAACAAUCCAAUAACAGAAGAUUAUAUUAGUUUCUUCUUCUGCUGCUUAGCAAAUCUUGAUUACUGUAGCUGAAGAGAGACAGUGAUUGAUCUUAUGUGACCAUAACAGCAAUCUAAGCUGAAACCACAUCACCUGGCUGAGCAUCAUCAGAGGAGUACCAUGCAACACUUUCUCCUUGGAAAAGCCUGGUGGGCUCAUCACCUCAUGCCCUCCUGCAGCCUGCCACUGCAGGAAAAAGAAGAAAAGAAUGUGCUGUCAUACCUUUAACAGCUGAUGAUUCAGUCCUCCUUCCUCCAUGGAUGCCUGAUUCACUCCCUCUGGUCUACUUUAUGAUCACCAUGACAAUUACAUCAUUUUUUCUGGAAUAUAUCUGUUUAUGACAUAUGAUCAACAAAGAACAAACAUGUCAUUUUAAUCUAUUAUAUUCCUAGAAUUGAUAUUUCUAAUUAGUACAAUUGAAUUCAUAUUAAUGAUGACUGUUCAGUUAUAUAAUGGGCAUUUAAAUUCUUGAAGAAGAGGUUUAAGGAGGAUUUCUGUUGCCUUAUUUUGUAGAGCUCAUGGACUGUUCACUCCAUAAUUGAACUUGUGGUCCUUUUUUUACUUCACUGUACCAAAUCUGAAGUAUCUCUUCUUGUCUGCUCUCCUCUUCUUUGACUCCUCCUCUUCCUCCUGAAGCUGAAGGAUUCCUUGAGCUUGCCCAAAUCCAUGGAGUCUGAGGCUGUGCCAACAGAUCAAACAACUGAUGAGAUUGUUGAGGAGAAAAGAGUUAUCAACGAGGAGAUAGACAUGAAUGGAGAGACUAAUUCCCAUCCAAAAGAACCUAAAAAGAUGGAUGAGGAAGAAAAGCUAAAGAUGGUGUGUUCAACAGAUGUUGAAGCUGCUGUUGCCACUGAAGCAGAAGAAAAAUCCAGAGAAAAGAAUGAAUCCAUUGUUGAGGAUGUGAAAAAGGAUACAGAAUCUAGUAACAAUGAGAUGUCAGAUUCAGUGGCUUUGUCUGCUCAGGUUGUGGAAGAUGAAGCAGAUCCUCAACAAAAAGCUGGCAUUUCAGUUUCUUCAGAGAAAAGAGAAGAUGAAUCAAAGAAACAACAUGAAUCUGACACGCAAGAACUGUCACCAGGACCAGUAGAAGAUGGAGAAGGGAAUGCAGGUGAGAUUUUGGUUGAAGAACAAGAAUCUGAAGGUGUCAAAGGUCAAGUGGCUUCAGAUAUCUCCAAAGUUCCAAUCUCAGAAACAGAGGACAAAAAGGAAGAGCCAGUUUUGUCAUGCACUACCGCGGAGUCUGCACCCAAAGAAAGUGGGGAGGAUUCCCAAUUUGAAGAAUUCUUGGUUGAUGCUCAUGUCACUGGUGAUUCUUCAGAGCAAAAGAUAAGCAACUCAAACAGCUCAGAAGAUGACAUGAAAGUUGAGAAUUUUGCAUCAGAAAGCAUAGAAAUGGUUCCAGAUUUUCUUGAAUCAUCUGAUGGAGCUGGAGAGAUCAUGAAGGAUACCAUGGAAGAACGAACAGAGAGCAGAACAAUCGAAGACGGAGUGAAAGAAGUUGCAGCUGUUGCUGGUUUUUCUGAAGUUCCUGAUGUCAUAAACCUGAUUGAGAUUGCUGCUGCUACUUCAGCUGUUGGAAGUGCUGAAGAGACUGUAAAGAUAGAAGUUGGAAUCACAGAUGACAAACAAGAAUUUAGAGAUAUUGAAGAACCAGUAAUGGAUCAGGUAAAUGGAGCUAGUUCUUCUAGUGAGACUGUUGAUGUCUCAACCAAGGAAGACAGCAGUGUUGUAAGUCUUGAAAUGGUCAAGGACAAGGAUGACGGUUUGGAAAAUAAGAAUGAGAUUCCAUUGGAGGCUACAUAUCCAGUGAAAGAAGUUGCAGCUGACUCUGAAGUGUCUAAAGUUGCCGCUUUUGUUGAUCCAAUUGAGUCCAGUAAUACUACUUCAGCUAUUAAAACUAUUGAGGAAACUCAAGGGCUAGAAGCUAAAAUUGUAGACGGCAAGCAAGAAGCAUUUACUGAAAUUGAUGAACCUGAAGUUGAAGAACAAGCAAUGAAUCAGGCAAAUGAAGUUGAUGCUACCAGUGAAACUGUGGAGGUUGCAGUAAAGGAAGACAAGGAUACUGUAACAGCUGAGAUGGUUGAGGAUAAGGAUAGCAGUUUGCACAAUUUGAGUGAGGCUCAUAUGGAACCUCUUGCUACUGCAAAUACCCCUCUGUCAACAAAUGGCACUUCAUCUAUUCAAGCUUUUGAUGAGGUCACACAAGACAAGUUGAUAGAAAAUGAAGAACAGUCGAUCGCUGAAACAAGCAAAGUUGACCCUGCUGGUUUGACUGCAGAUGUGAACAUUGAGAUAAUUGGGGAUAAAAAGGAUGAUUGUUUAGAAGACAAGACUUCCAUAGAGAUACCAAAUGGUGUCGAUGUGACUGGUGAAAUUCUUGAAACCCCUUUUGAGGAAGUGAAAGACCCUGAAGAUGUUGCCAUGGUAGAAGAGAAGAAUGAUCCAGUGGAAGAAGUUGCAGAUGAUUCUGAUGUGCUGGUAGUUCCUGCUGUUGUUCAUCCAACAGAAUCUAGUAGCACUAGUUCAACUAUUAUAACUACUGAAGAAAGUAGAGAGAUUGAAGCUAAAACCAUAGAUGUCAAGCAAGAAGCAGUAACAGAAAUUAAAGAACCAAAAGUCGAAGAACGAAAAAUGAACCAGGCAAAUGAAGUGGAUGCUACUAGUGACACUGUGCAAGUUGCAGUAAAGGAAGAAAAUGAUAUGGUAACAGUUGCAAUAGAAGAGGAUAACGAUUUAAAUAAUUUAAGUGAGGCUGAUGUGGUGGCUAUAAUAAAUCCAGUGAAAGAAGAUGCAACUGACUUUGGCAUGCCUAAACCUCAUGCUACUGCAAAUAUUACCCAGUCAACAAAUCUCACUUCAGCUAUUCAAAUUGCCGAUGAGAUCACACAACCAAAAGCUGAAGUCAUAUAUGAGAAGAAAGACAAGUUGACAGAAGUUGAGGAACAAUCAAUGACUGAAACAAACGAAGUUGAUUCUGCUAGUUUGACUGCCGAAGUUCCAUUAGAACGAGAAAAAGCUAAUGUGAGCACUCAAAAGUUUGAGGACAAGAAAGAUGAUAUUUUUGGAAGCAAUACUUCCACAGAUAACCCAAACGGUGUUGAUGCUCCUGGUGAAAUUUCUGAAAUACACUUCAAGGAAGUGAAAGGCCCUGAAGAAGCUUACAUGGUCCGAGAGAAGAAUGAUCCUUCACAAGUUGUAGCAAAGGUCAAGGACAUUGAUGAUAAGAGCUUAAAAGAUGAUAGAGCGACUUUAUUGGAGACUUCAAAAAAUCUCGAUUGUGGUAUUGAAACAGCUGAUGUAGCAUUGGAUGGAAAGAGAAAUUUAGAAGUUCCUGAAAUAGUAGAUGGAACAAAAGAAGAUAAUCUGAAAAACUCAACAGAGUUAGAGGGCUACUCUGUUGUUGCUGAAGUAGUAGGGGAGAGCAAGGUUGAGAACCUGGAAAGCGAAAAGACGUCUUUGAUCGAAGCUUUUGGAAUGGCUGAAGUCUCGUCAGAGCUUGAUAAAUCUUCCACAGGUAAUGAAAUGGUCAAAGAAAAGUGUAAAAACUCUGCAAGAAAUAAGAUAACUUUAGGUGAGAUCACCAAUUAUGCCGGUAUUAAUAGUGAUGCUUCAAAUGUCUUUCCUGUGCAAGAUAAAAUAUCUGAAGGUCAUGAAGUGACUCAGGAGAAGGGUAAAGAGGCAAAAGAUUAUGAAUGUUCAAUUGUCAAGGAAAGCAAGGAUGAGAGCAUUACAAGCAAGGAAAAUUAUGCUGAGACUGUCAGAGAUCUUGACAAAGAGACAAAUGUGGUUGCUGCAUUAGGUGCUACUAGAACUAUGGAUGCUGAGAAGGGUAAAGAGGCAAAAGAUUAUGAAUGUUCAAUUGUCAAGGAAAGCAAGGAUGAGAGCAUUACAAGCAAGGAAAAUUAUGCUGAGACUGUCAGAGAUCUUGACAAAGAGACAAAUGUGGUUGCUGCAUUAGGUGCUACUAGAACUAUGGAUGCUGAGAAGGAUAAAGAAGGUGCUCAAGAUGAAGAAGGAACAGAGAAUCCUAAAGAUGAAAACUUAAUUAUGACUCCGAAAUGUGCUGAUGUUAUGAAGGUAGAAGGAGAGGCUCCUAAACAGGACAUCCCAGCUAAGCCCUCCCAACGACAUUCAAAUAACAUAAUAUCAAAGCUCAAGCAGUCACUCAUUAAAGCAAAGAAGAUAAUGAUGGGAAAAUCACCAAGUUCAAAAAAUAUGUCAGUAAAAAGCAAACAAGAAAUCAAAUGAUCUAGAAUGAGAAAUUUGUGUGUGAUCUCUGUGGCUGCUGAUCAUGUACAUAAAGGUCAUAGUCAUGUGCUUGGGAUCCUUCCUCUUCUGUUGAAUGAAAUCUUUUGGCAGGAUACCUGGAAGGAAGGAUAUGCUUGCUUUCUAGUUCUUAGCUUGACUAGCAGAAUAAUAUAUAUAAGGUUUCAUCUAAUUGUUACUUAUUAUUCA